AUGAUAACGUGGAGCUGUUGUUACAGCCACGCCCAGCUGAACCGUGACUUCUACAAGGAAAGUUGUCCCUCGUUGUUCUAUGUGAUAAGACGCGUGGUGCAGCGGGAGGUGGCCAAGGAGCGUCGCAUGGCUGCUUCUCUCCUCCGGCUAUUCUUUCAUGACUGUUUUGUCAACGGGUGUGACGGAUCAAUAUUGUUGGACGACACUUCCUCUUCUUUGGGAGAGAAAACGGCAGGCCCAAACAAUAAUUCUGUGAGGGGAUUUGAUGUGGUUGAUAAAAUCAAGUCGAGGGUUGAGAGACUAUGCCCAGGCGUCGUCUCAUGUGCAGACAUUCUAGCUAUCACUGCUCGUGACUCUGUCUUCCUCCUGGACGGGCCUCGUUGGAGCGUGAAACUUGGGAGAAGAGAUUCCACCAAGGCGAGCUUCACGACCGCUAAUUCUGGCGUUAUCCCUCCUCCAACCUCUACACUCAACAACCUCAUCAACCGUUUUAGAGCACAAGGUUUAACCUCACGUGACAUGGUGGCACUCUCUGGUGCACACACUAUUGGACAAGCUAGAUGCGUCACUUUUAGAGACCGUAUCUACAACGAAAGCAACAACAUUGAACUUUCUUUCGCCUUGUCCAGACAAAGAAGCUGUUCGGCUGACUCUGGCUCUAGCGACAACAAUGAAGUCACUCUUGAUAUCCACUCUCCUGGAAGGUUUGACCUUAACUACUACAGACAGCUUCUUAACCACAGGGGUCUACUCACUUCGGACCAAGCUCUUUACAGCGGCGGUUCAACUGACUCGCUUGUCGUGUCUUAUAGUCGUAGUCUCAACGCCUUUUACCGUGAUUUUGUAAGGGGUAUGGUUAAGAUGGGCGAUAUCAAACCACUUACGGGAUCCAAUGGUGAGAUCCGUAACAACUGUCGCAGACCAAAUUGA